AGUAGGUGAAAGGCUCGCGCUGGUGUGGCUCUCGAGACCCGGAGCGCGAGCGCGGAGAAGCGGCUUUCCGCGGAGCUGUCCAGUCCUGGAGGUGCUGAAACGCAGGAUUCCACUCCAGUUUAUUUCUUUCUUCCGCGGAGCUGUCCACUCCAGGAGGUGCUGAAAUCAGGAUUUCACUUCAGCCGGAAGGAAUGCACAAACUCCGAGGACGCUGUACUGCAUAGAUAUUCUACACGGGAUUGGAUUUACUUCGCAUCACUUAACAUUGUUGCUCAUCAAGUAGUGCAGUGUGCUAUUUUUCAAAACCUCAAUUGGAAAUACGUUUCUGGAUGACUUGUGGUUGGACACACAGGAGUGUAAUGUGCAGGUGUUGGGCAGUUGUUCUGCUUUGGGCCGCAGCUCUGAUGGCAGAGGCUCGUCCUGGUAAAGAAGGAUUCACCCCGCCGGCAUAUCGACCACUCGUCCGCUUCCGUCACAAGGAUGGGAUCUCAGAGAGUUUACGGAUGAAAGGGUUUCUUGGUCAGACUGGUUUUCCCGGGCCCUGUGAACAUAAGUACUGUGGUUUGGGAAAACAUUGUGUGGUGGACAGAGAAACAGGUGAAGGAGAGUGUCAAUGUCUGGAGCGCUGCAAACCACAUUACAAACCUGUGUGCGGAUCUGACGGGAAACUGUACCAGAACCACUGUGAGCUCCACAGAGCCUCCUGUCUGGCCCAUCAGAGAAUAACCAUCAUGCACAGCGACGAAUGCUUCUACAAAGAUGAUAACUGCCGUCUGGGAGAUUAUAAAAAAUUGAAGAGCAAGAUGUUGGACAUACAUGCUCAGAGGUACUUGACCGCCGCUAACCAUGGCAGCCACGAGAAGGAUAUGGCCGCUAGGAAGCAUCUGGUGGACAUGAUGUUUAAGCGAUUUGACGCAGACGGCAAUGGAAAAGUUGACAGCAGCGAGCUUUCACAGGUCAUCAAGCAGGAAGGUUUGAGCAGAACAGUGUCCGAAUGCACUCUCUUCGACCUCUUUAAAUACAAUGACAUCAACGAUGACGAACACCUUGCUAAAGAAGAGUUUUAUGCAGCUUUUGAGGUGUACCAGCUCAGCCUUCCAGAAGAGCAGAAGCUGAGCGUCACCACGGUAACAGUGGGUCAGAGCGCUGUCCUCACGUGUGCCAUCAUGGGGGACCAGCGGCCUCCCAUCAUCUGGAGACGCAACGGCCACGAUCUCAACAUGAUGGAGCUGGAGGACAUCAACGAUUUCGGAGAUGAUGGAUCACUGUACAUUACCAAGGUGACCACUACACAUAUGGGCAACUACACCUGCCAUGCUGACGGAUACGAGCAGCUCUUCCAGACACACACCCUGCAGGUUAAUGUCCCUCCUGUUAUCCGAGUGUACCCAGAGAGCCAGGCACGUGAGCCGGGCGUCACAGCCAGUCUGCGGUGCUAUGCAGAGGGCAUCCCUGACCCACAGCUGUCCUGGCUGAAGAACGGCAUGGACAUCACCACUAAACUCUCCAAACAGCUCACACUUCAAGCAAACGGGAGCGAGGUUCACAUCAGUAACGUCCACUUUGAGGACACCGGUGCUUAUACCUGCAUCGCCCGCAAUGAGGCCGGCGUGGAUGAGGACAUCUCUUCUUUAUUCGUGGAGGACUCGGCUCGCAAAACAUUGGCAAACAUCCUGUGGAGGGAGGAAGGUCUGGGGAUUGGAAACAUGUUCUAUGUGUUUUAUGAGGAUGGUAUUAAAGUUAUCCAGCCAGUGGCCUGUGAGAUUCAGAGGCACAUCAAGCCCAGCGAGAAGCUUCUUGGCCUGCAGGAGGAGGUUUGUCCGCUUGUGGAAGGAGAGAUGGAGCAGAAAUGCUUGUGGACGUCUGCCGUCAACGUGAAGGACAAGUUCAUUUACGCAACACAGCCUUUGCUGAACCGACUGCUCAUUGUGGACAUCCAAUCUCAGAAGGCCGUUCAGACUGUGAGCACAGACCGGCUUCCAGUGAAGCUCCACUAUGAUAAAUCUCAUGACCAGGUGUGGGUGUUGAGCUGGGGAGAUCUGGAGAAAAACUUCCCAACGCUGCAGGUGAUCAGCCAGGCCAGCGGCAGCACAUCUCACCACACCAUCCACACACAGCCGGUCGGCCAUCGCUUCGACAGGGUGGAGGAUUUCUUCAUUCCUCCCAUCAGCCUCACCAUCAACCACAUCAGGUUUGGUAUCGUCCUCCAUAAGAAUGAACCAGCUCUUCACAAGAUCGACUUGGAAACCACGUCAUAUGUUAAAAACAUCAGCCUGCAGCAGUACGACUGUAUCCCACAAUCCCUGGCUUACACACACCUGGGCGGAUAUUAUCUGGUCAACUGUCGACCGGACUCAACAGGUGCGGCGCGGCCACAAUUAAUCAUCGACAGCAUAACAGACAACGUCAUGGGCCCUAAUGGCGACGUGAGCGGCACACCUUAUGUCUCUCCUGAUGGCCACUAUUUAGUGAGUGUGGACGACCGUGACGGGCUAAUGCGCUUACAGCAUGUGUCCGUACGGGGAGAGAUCGGCCAACCCUUUGACAUUCACACCAACCUGCACCUGUCCGAUCUGGCCUUCAUGCCCUCGUUCACUGAGGCCAACCAGUAUAAUGUGUUCGGAAGCUCCGGCAGGCAGACGGAUGCUCUUUUUGUGGAGCUCAGUUCUGGCAGUGUCAAAAUGAUCAAGAGCUUGAAGCAGCCCACGGCGUCGGCGCAGUGGCCCUGGAACCGUCAGAACCGAGUUAUGACCGGAAGCGGGCUGUUCGGACAGUAUCUCAUGACCCCGUCACAAAGCUCCCUGUUUAUACUGGAUGGGCGUCUGGAUAAACUCAACUGUGAGAUCACCGACGUUCCCUUGGGAAAUACUGUGGUGUGGGUGGGAGAGGCGUAAGACGUCUUAAAAAGGGGGCUUGAGAGGGAAACAACAAACAGGUUGCACUGAAUUCGGUCUCUGUUUAAUUUAUCGAGCAGUUUGGAACUAAAUCUAAUUUGACUCUGCAUUGGAAAUGAGAAUUGUGGGAAAGGCUUGGCAAGGCUUUCGAGUCAAAUAGCUAAUAAG